AUGGCCGCUACAGUGGUGAGGACCGAAUUACUCAUUGUUGGCGCCGGACCAGCCGGCGCAUCGCUCGCUUGCUUCUUGGGAUCUCAUGGUCGGACCGGAAUCAUAAUAUCCGCUGCGCCGGGCACGGCCGAGACCCCAAGGGCACACAUCACCAACAUGGCAGCUUUAGAAUGCCUCCGUGACAUAGGCCUGGAUCGCGAAUGCACCACAGUGGCGGCUCACGGAGAUAAUAUGCAGCACACCAGAUGGUGCAUGUCAAUGGCGGGCGAGGAGCUCGCUAGGGCCUAUUCCUGGGGUCAUGACCCCUUCCGCAAGGGUGACUACGAAACAGCCAGUCCCUGUGAAGGACACAUAGACCUCCCCCAGACGGAUCUCGAGCCUAUUCUUAUAAGGCGAGCCACUCACGAUGGCUGGGCAGUUCGGUUCAGCACCACGCUAUUAAAAAUCAGCCAAAAUGACUCCGGUGAGGUCAUUUCCGAGGUUCGAGACAGUCUGACUGGGCAGAAAUACCUCAUACAGUCGCGUUACGCAUUCGGCUGCGACGGAGCAAGAAGCCAAGUGGUGAGAGAAGUAGGGAUUCCGCUCAUCAAGAAGCCGACCAAAGGCUUAGCUCUGAAUAUCUUGAUAAGGGCAGAUAUGUCUCAUCUUAUCAAGGACCGAAAAGGGAAUUUGCAUUGGGUUGUGCAACCGCAAAAAGGGUGCCCGCCAUGGGGGUGGGCUGGCCUUUUUCGCAUGGUCAAGCCAUGGACAGAAUGGAUGGCUAUUCUCAUGCCUCACCCAGGUGCUGACAUGACUGCUGACGACAUGGAAGCCACCGAAGAGGAGUACGUCGCUCAUGUAAAACAGAUGAUUGGCGAUGAAUCGGUCGAGCCGGAGAUAUUGAAUGUGAGCAAGUGGUGGAUCAAUGAAACGGUGGCAGAGUACUAUUCCGUCGGUAACGUCUUCUGUCUGGGCGAUGCCGUUCAUCGUCAUCCGCCCUUUAACGGACUGGGAUCAAAUACCUGUAUUCAAGAUGCGUUCAACCUUGCAUGGAAAAUAUCCCAUGUCAUGUCCGGAAAAGCCGGGCCCGGCCUCCUGGACACCUUUAGCAUAGAACGUCAACCGGCGGGAGUUGACGUCGUUCGGAGGGCCAACCAAGGUCUCAGGGAUCAUUCAUCUUGGAUGGAGACGGUCGGAUUGCUGGAACCCGACAUGACGAAACGGCGUGAAAUACUCGCAGAGUUUGAUGAUGCUGGCCCAAAAGGACGGCUUCGAAGGGCAGAGUUUCAGCGCGCGAUUGAACAGACGGCAAGCGAGUUCCACGGAUUGGGGGUGGAAAUGAACCAGUUUUACUCAUCUUCUUGCGUUUAUCGAGAGGAUGAAGCGGGGGAGAAGCCUGAGGCGAAAAAUUCAACAGACCACUAUCAUGUCACGACAAAGCCGGGUAGUCGGCUGCCACACGCAUGGCUGAAUUCCAGAGUUCCAGGACCGAGGCUGUCCACGAUUGACUUGGCUGGCCAUGGACGCUUUUGCUUGCUCACUGGGCCUGGGGGCCAAGGCUGGAAAGAGGCUGCCCAGACGGUUUCUGGCGGUCUCGGGGUAGACAUCAGCUGCUACUCGAUCGGAUGGAGGCAAGACUACGAAGACGUGUACUUUGACUGGGCUCGCAGAAGGGAAGUGGAGGAAGACGGAUGCAUCUUGGCACGGCCGGAUCGGUUUGUGGCGUGGAGAUGCCCGUCGAUGCCGAAGGAUUGUGCGUCCAAGCUCCGAGCUGUCAUGACGUCAAUCUUGUCUCUGUAG